UUAUGGUUAUUACGUGCAUGUAUAAUGAAAUGCAUAAGUGUUGUAAUUAUUAUUUAUCAAUUUAUAAACCAAAAUUCUUUUUGUAAAAUAAAAUUUUAUCGUAAUUGAAACAGAAUAUAUGAUCCUAUAAAUGUGAAUCUAACACCUACUAUUCGCGUUGUGAAUAACGAAACCGCUUCCUAUUCUAUGGAUUAUAAAGGUAAAAAUAAAUCUAUAGAUAUUAGCAAGGAUUAUAAUAAUACCAAAGAUUCUUCAGAAAUAUCGACCAUCACUCAUCCUAAUUUAGAAAAUAAAAAAGAAAAUUUCAUUCGCCAAACUAUUUUUCCACCUGAUAAAAAUGCUAAAUUUGAUUCACCAAAUUCAAGAAAAUUACUUCCAAAUCCAUUUAAAAACACAUCAAAAAUGACCAAUAGUUUUUCUGCAUUAGAAGCUAUAGACAAGAAGUUAUCGUUGAAUGAAGAAGACCAUCACACAAAAAAUAUAGUAAAUCCUAAGCGGAAAAAUAAAGAAGUCGUUAAAACCAAUAAACCUACCAAAAAGAAAGCAGUUAACAGUUAUGAUACAGUAGUUAAUGAAGAUAAUACACAUGAAACUAUUGUAAAUGAUAAUGUGAAGAGGAAAAAAGAAUCACAGUCAAGCAUGGGGCAAACAAUGCUAAGAUUUAUCUUUCAUGACAAAAAGAAUUCUGACGAAAAGGUUGUCAUUGAUGAUGGGGAAGCUCGUGAUGCAAUAUCAGUUGACGCAGUUAAUUUAAAUACAUCUAAAGAUGGAUCUUCAAAUAACCAGGAUUAUCAAUCAAACGCAGAAUUACCUUCCUUUCAAAUAUGGUAUAAAAACAAUAAAUCUAGUUUAGAAACUCAAUUUAAUGCCAUUGACAUAAACGGUGAAAACGUUCCAGAAAAUUUCACCAAAUUCGCUAUGAAGAUUUACAAACGACUAUUGAUUAAAUGAAAAAAUUAUAAUUUAUUUUUUAUUUGACUUAUAAAAUAUAAGUUUAGAUUUUCUAUUUCAUAACCAUUUCAUUAAAAUUCUGAUUAUUCAAUA